UCACUUUCUAUCACAGCAACUCAAGAUGGCGGCAGCUUCCUACAUCCAGCCGCCGACCGUUCACUCUUUGAACCAGGAAAGUGCAAAUAUCCCUGAUUCUGACAGCCCGGAGAGCCGGCAGGAUGAGGACGCAGCAUCCGAGGGGACCAGUCUCAGAGACUUACCCGAUUUGGAACCGGUGGAAAUUGAGAAGAGGCUAGAGAAAACUCGCCGCGAGCUGAGCAACAGGAGGAAAAUCCUCAUUAAAAACCUUCCACAAGAUACAACCAACCAGGAGGUCCAUGAGAUUCUGAGAGAAUACGAGCUCAAGUACUGCUUUGUGGACCGCACCAAAGGGACAGCAUUUGUGACCCUGCUGAACGGUGACCAGGCUCAGGAUGCCAUCCGCUCCCUCCACCAGAGCAUUGUGCGCAGCCGGGACAUCACAGUGCAGCUCCAGCCCACAGACAGUCUGCUCUGCCUCACCAACCUGCCCCACACCUUUACUGCCCAGCAGCUGGAGGACCUAGUCCGUUCCUACGGAAACAUCGAGCGCUGCUUCCUGGUCUACAGCGAGCUCACUGGACACUCCAAGGGCUACGGCUUUGUGGAAUACAUGAAGAAGGACUCAGCGUCGCGGGCGCGGUCGGAGCUACUGGGGCGACCAGAGGGGGACCGUGCAGUCAUGGUCCAAUGGACAGAUGUGAACCAGUUGACUGCGGGUCACCACCUCCACUCUAAGUGCCUCUGUGUGGACCGGCUGCCCCAGGAGUACGACUCAGAAGAGCUGACCCUCCUGUUCUCAGACAGAUACAAACCUGUCUUCUGCCAGCUAGCCCAGGAUGAGGGCAGCCCGGUGCGAGGGUUCGGGGUGGUGGAGUAUGAGAGUGCAGAGCAGGCGGAGGCCAUACUGAUAGAGAUGGACAGAACACUGGUGGGAGGACAGGAGAUCCGUCUCUCUCUCUGCACCCCCGGAACCACAGGCAGGAGCACAUUGGCAGCGCUCAUCGCUGCUCAGGGUGUGAUGUUGAGUAAUAAGAAGGGCUUACUGCCGGAGCCCAACUUGGCCCAGCUGCUGAACAGCAUGACCAACCCAGCAGCCCUACAGGUCCUCAUGAGGCCUUACCACACUGGCAAACGAGGAGGGAAGUUUGGGCGGCCUCCUAGCCUGUCUCCAUUCCUCAGACCCCCCCUCACAGCAGCCCUGUUCCAACUGGGGAAGGUACAGCAGAGUUCCAUGUUGGGGAACGGUCUGGUGCUUCAGAAUCUAUUGCACAUGCAGCUGGCCCAGCAGCAGCUCCUGCACAUCAAAGACAAGCACAUGAGCAAUGUAUCUAGUCUGUUGGGUGACCCCUCUCGUCUACUUCUACAGAAAGUGCUUGGUCUCAGGCCUCCAGCCCCCAUGGCCCUGGGAAAGGGUCUGCUGGGUGACUCCCCCAGUGGUGAGUGCCCUGGGCUCGAGUUAGGUCAGGAGUCCCUGCCAAUGUCCAGUCAGGCCUCAGUGUCGGCAGCGGGCAUAAUGCCCUACCUGCAGGCGCAGACACACCUGGGAACAGCCAUGGGAGGGGAACAGAACGGGGCCUGCAUCUACACCACAGCCUCUGACAGGCAACCAGCCCCUCCUGGGACCAUGGCGAAUGCUCAGCCCCAGGGACAGAGCUACUACCUGGGUCCCCCACCACCUAAAGCUCCAGGGGGCCACCAGCCCGGUCGACACAGCUACAGCAGCACUGAGAGUAGCCCAGCUAGUGGAGCUCCCAGCAGUCAGUUCUCUCUCCUGGGUGAACCCCCUAAAGAGAUGAAGCUACCUUCCAAUCCAUACCUGAAUCUAGCUAGUGUGUUACCUGGCAUGGUACUGCAAGCCCCGACGGCCUGUAAAAUGCAGACAGGGCAGCCUCUAGUUGGGGUGUACAGCAGUGCUAUGCCCCCUGUUUCCCAACCCUCCACUUCCCAAACCCCAGCACCCUACAGCACCGAUACCUCAGCAGACUACAGUCACUACAGCCAGGCAUACUCACAGGAGGCUAUGCAGCAGUGGUACCAGCACUACCAAGCCCAGAGCUACAGCACCGACCCACAGGAGAGCCAAGCUAAGGACUAUAUCAAGGAGCACACACAGCAGGCUGUGGCAGCGGCGGUGCCAUCUUAUGGGGAUUACAGCUCCUACAUGCAGGCUGUCAGUCAAUACUAUUGUCAGCCUCCGAUGACUCAGCCACCUCCCCAGGUCUACCAGCACAUGGAUCCUACCAAGGAGGCUGAUGUGUGUAAGUCGCUGGGUGUGUCUCUCCAAGGAGUCAGUAACGGCGGUGCCCAGUCGGUGCUGCCCACCGCGGUCCUGCCAGCCUACAGCACCAUGCCUAUGAUGUCAGGCUUCAUGGCCGCGCCACCUCACGCCAAACACCCACCCAGCUCCACCACACACAUCCAGAGUGCCCACGCCACCAAUGAAUGGAACCAGUACUACUACCAUCAGACGACUCGGGGGCAGAAGCGGGAGUACCCUCACUUGGCCGUGCACAAUAUGACAUCAGAGGGGGCGUACGUGGGUCAGCACUCCCAGGGGCUGGGGGGUCAGUACGCUGACUACUUCAAGAAGAAGAGGAUCUAGAGAUGACCUCUGAACCUCUGCACCCUAUCUCCUAAACCAUACAGUACAUACAGGCUCAGCUUUAGUGUUGUAUGAUGUUGGUAUACACACAGACACACACAAGGCAGACUGACUGACACACACACACACACACACACACACACACACACACACACACACACACACACACACACACACACACACACACACA